UUUUAUCAACGCUUCUCCUGCUGGUUACUCCGCGCGCCUUCUCUUUCUCUCCCGGACGUCGAUCGUGUUCUUCAGCACGGGCUAGCUAGCUCCCUCCCUCCCAGCCAUGGCGACGCCGGACAACAAGGGGCACGGGCAUCCGCUGCCCAAGUUUGGGGAGUGGGACGUGAAGAAUCCGGCCACGUCCGAGGGCUUCACCGUCAUAUUCCAGAAGGCCCGCGACGACAAGAAGACCACCACCGGCCCUGGGGCUGGGAACGCGCGCGCAGGCAUUCCGCCGGCCUUCAGGAACGGCGGCGGCGACGGCGGGUACAGGCCCGACUUCGGCGACGGCAACCAGUACACGCCGCCCAAACGGAAGAAGUGGGCCUUCUGUGGCUGCUGAAUCGAAGCUCGCUGUGCUGCUGUGCUGACUCGAAAGGAGAACGGAUCGUGCAGCAGCUCAAGUGAUCCAGGAUGAUGGGAGCGCCGAGACACGAUGGAAGGCAUUAAUUAUUUCAGCCAUGGUGUUUCGCCUUGCUUUAACCUUUUGCUCAUCUCUACCGAGGAACACUAGUUCCAUCGGGUAACUGAACCUGCAAAUCUUCAUGAUGAAACUGUCGCAUCAUUUGUUUCAUGUCUCGUUAUGGCCCGUAUUUCUAC